AUGGCCGAGAUCCAGAACGAGGGCCUUGGGGAGCACCGCCUCCGAGACCUCAACGACCAGAUCAACAAGCUCCUCCGCGAGCGCAGCCACUGGGAGCGCCGCAUCCUGGAGCUCGGAGGCCGCGACUACUCUCGGAGCGCCCUGAUGACCGACCUCGACGGCAACAUCGUCGCCAUCCCCAACCCCUCGGGCCGGGGCCCGGGCUACCGCUACUUUGGCGCUGCCAAGAAGCUCCCCGGCGUCCGUGAGCUAUUUGACAAGCUACCUGAGGUCCGCAAGCGCCGCACCCGCUACGGGAUCCACAAGCGCGUCAAUGCCAGCUACUGCGGAUACUAUUACUAUGACGACGAGGACGGUGUGCUUGAACCCCAUGAGGCUGCUGCUGAGAAGCGCAUGCGGCACGAGCUUGUCACGGGAGGCCAUGAAGAAUGUGGCGAGUGGCGAGGUGGCUGCAAGUGA